AUGGCGCUGAGUUUGCGUCGUGGUACUUGGUCACAAGUUUGUCGAGGACGACCAAACUUGGCCUCGAAAUUAUAUUUGACAACAUUGUCACCUGUUGUUUUUCAUAGCAACAUUUUGGCCAGUUCUCCGAAUUUGCACGGGAUAUCUGCAGAUACAUUCAAGUUUACCACUCUUUUUCUUGGCACGAACAAGAAGGUCAACUUAACAGGCUUGUCAGUUUAUUCUCCUAGAAGUAGUGGUAGUAGUGGUGUUAAUAAUAAUAUUUCAAUUGGCGGUAAGGGCGAAAGUGUUCAGGCAACAGGAUUUAUACGCAAAGACCAAUGUAAGAUUGGCUUGCUUUCCGGACUGCAUAUAUCUUUGUCUAAGUUUAAUACAACCUUCAACCCGAUCAGGUCAUUUCGUACCUGGGAACCGUCCACCAAGGUCCUUCACGCAAAGAAAUCGAGAGGAGAAAUGUCUAAUUUAAAGGUUGAUCCAGCGGCCCCCGACAGUACUAAAAAGUCUCCUAGUUCUGGGAGUGAUAGUCCUGAUAGUAUGGGAUCUGCUGCAAGUGCUAGAUCCAGUCCGCAAGGGAUACGUGAGGAUGUGGCGCCAAAUGAAAGGGAACCCAUGUGGAAAAUAAAGAAAGAGAAAAACCUUAAAGAAAAUAUAGAAGAACGUAAAGCCCGAUGUAACUUUAGAAAAUGCACUCUAUUGAAAAGCAUUGACACUUGGACUGAAUAUUAUUCUAGAAAAGAACGUGAAAUCAAAGAUGACCGUAAGGGUACCAAAGGCAGCCUCAAAUCACCAUGUGUUCAGCUUAACAACAAAGUGUCUAUUUGGAAAGGUGACAUAACUUCUUUAGUAAUUGAUGCUAUUGUGAAUGCAGCCAAUGAAAGUUUGAUGGGAGGAGGAGGAGUUGAUGGUGCCAUCCAUUCUGCUUCUGGUAAAUUUCUUAAACAAGAAUGCAUGACUCUUAGACCUUGCCUCACUGGGCAAGCUGUCAUCACAGGAGGUUAUGAUUUACCAGCAAAAUAUGUGAUCCAUACUGUCGGGCCACGGGGAGAAGAUCCAGAUAAACUAAGAAGCUGUUAUGAAAAUUCGUUAAAGUACUUACUUGAAAAUGAACUAAAGUCAAUUGCUUUUCCCUGUGUAUCUACGGGUAUUUAUGGUUAUCCUAAUGAUAAGGCUGCUGAAGUUGUCCUAAAAACUGUACGAGAAUGGUUAGAAAAAAAUAAUGAAAAAGUUGAACGGGUGAUAUUUUGUCUGUUUCUGGAGAAAGAUAUUCGUAUUUAUGAAGAAAAAAUGCAGCUAUACUUCCCAAUACCCAGCAACGAAACUGGUAAAGCUGGACAAGACGAGCCUAAAGUUUUUAUUUAUUACCUUCUUUUUCAAGGUUCACCUUUAUUAAAAUCAGAAAACAGGUAUGGCUCUACCUGGGAGAUUGUUGAUGCUCGGACGCAUGGGACGACGUCACUGUCUUCACUUGACACCUGUGGUGACCAAGAAGAAAUUGACAAAUGGGUCAUCACCUGCGACAGCGAUCAUAAUGAGGGUAGCAGUAAGGCAUUAUUUGAACUGAAUAAAAACGGUAAUGGACUUUUCCACGGACACCUCUCCACCAAAUUACCAAAGGAUGGAAUUGUAAAAGAUGCUGGAUAUGUAAAUUUGCGAUCACCGAGACUUAUGAAAUCUUUCAAAAGACCAAUUCCAUAUGACCUUUCACGGUACACACAUCUGGUUUUGCGGGUCCGUGGAGAUGGCCGGACAUACAUGCUCAAUUUUCAAAUGGACAUGACUUUUGACAUUCAUUGGGAUGAUGUCUACAAUUUUGCUUUAUAUACACGUGGAGGGCCCUAUUGGCAAGUGGCAAAGAUUCCUUUCUCUCGUUUCUACAGAGCCUUCAAAGGUCGAGUCCAAGAUAAACAGGACAGUCUUAUUCUUGACAAAAUUGCUCAUUUUGGUAUUACCCUUGGUGAUGGCAAUAGUGGGUGCUUCCAACUUGAAAUCGAUUAUAUUGGUGCCAUGUAUGAUAUGAAUCAUGAAGAGGAAUUUGCCUGGGAAAUGUACAAAGCUGAACCUUAUACUGUAGGAGUUUAA